UCCUGUCAACUGUUGAACCGAAAACACAAAUGUCACCGUCCAGUCUCUGGUCUGGAGGAGCAGAUCUCUCGGUUCUUGUGGGUGGAGGAGAGGAGAAGGUUUACGCAGCGGCUUCUUGUCUUUUUGGAGGAAAAGUGUCGCCACAGGAGGGAGGAGAAACCUGGACUGGCUGUUGGAUCGUUUCGCCUUUUCAUACGGAACCUGUGAUUUCAGAUCAGAAGCGCAGAGAUUGGGAGGAAACCUCGCAGCUCGGGAUUACAGAUGUGCAGAUUAAUGAUGAACGGGUGGGUCAAAGCGUCUGAAGAAGUCCAAGGAUUGAGGGGAGGACUGCCUGCCUUACGUAACUGAGCUCUGUGGAGGGACUGGCUCAGAAACAUCUGAGCAGAGCUGAGAAAUCCACCCGAGGCACCGCAGGUGCAGGGAGGAACGCAGUCGCACGUUUUUUCACUCAUCGUUGUCAUGGAGAACGCCGUCUCCUCUAGCCAGUGAGCAGUGAAAUGAAUGAGGGAUACAGGCCGGGAGGAGGGGCGGUGGAGGCUGAAGCCAUCCUCCACACGGUGAACCCUGACCUGGUCACCCUUUCUGACCAAAACAGGAACGUAUGUAGAGAUUUCGCUCAGGGAUUCCUGCACGACAGUCCAGAUUUUAGCUCCCCUCCUGUGUUCGGGAAGGAAUACCUGCUCGAUGGAAGACCAAUGGAGAGUAACUGCUUCCAUCACCCAAAAGGUGACGGCUCGUACGCCUCAAGAGCCGAUCAGCGUCACCUUUCCAGUAACGCAGGGAGUUCAGAAGACCCUCCUCAUGCUGACUCUGCUGUCUUCAAUCACAUUGCUGGGAUGCAACAGAAUUGUACAAGUGGUGAACUCCACAAUGGAGCAAGAGAGAACGUGCCGUUAGGUGCAGAUUUCAUGUGCAGUGAAGACAAACGGGGAACUGACGGGUUGGGUUUGAAACCGGAUCUCAAAGCUGAGAAUGCACGGCCACAACAAGAACCAGAUUUAGUCAUCGAGGUCGGCGGUCAGACCAUCAACGCUCACAAGUCUGUCCUGGCGGAGAAGAGUGAUUACUUUAAAGCGCGCAUGUCCCGCAACAUCCUGAAAGUUAAGGGCGUGAGUUACAAGACUCUGUCGACGUUGAUAGACUAUCUUUACACCUCUCAAAUUAGUGUGGGCAAAGAAAAUGUGGUUGAUGUCAUCACGGGGGCUAAGAUCCUGCAGAUCCCCUGCGCCGUCCAGGCAGCGAUGGACUCCAUGUCGGAGCAGAUCACCGCAGAGAACUGCUACGAGAUCCUGACCAUCGCCAAGAAGCAGCGACUCAGUGAGCUGAAGGAGACUGCGUACGGCUUCCUGAGCGACAACUUCCUGCAGAUCCUCAAGGACCCCGCAGUCUACGGACGUCUAACGGGGUCUGAAAGGGAUCUCAUCUUGAAGAAGAGAGUGGACGGGAGGAAGACUCUGAUGGUGGCAGAGGUAAAUGACGUGUUCGAUCGAGUCGGGAGUCGACCACCGAGUCGCUGUGGCAGCCGACCUCAAAGUCCCUUGUCCGCGGGGUCUUUGGAGGAGAACAAUAUGAUUUACCUGUUCAGUGAAUCAGAAAAUGACUGGCGACCUUUGACUGUGAUGCCCGAAGACAUAAACACUAAGGGAUGCGGGAUCUGCACCAUGUUUAACUACCUGUUUGUAGCAGGAGGCAUCAAGGGCUAUGGAGACAAGGGUAAAGUGUCAGACAAGGUUUUCUGUUACAACCCCAUCACCAACCGUUGGUCCGACAUUAGACCAAUGAACCAGGCCCGAGCCCAGCUGAAGCUUGUAUCUAUGGACGGCUACCUGUACGCCAUCGGAGGGGAAUGUCUGUUCACGGUGGAAAAAUACGACCCUCGAAUGGACCGCUGGACGAUGGUGGCUCCAUUGCCCAAAGGAGCCUUCGCGGUGGCCCACGAAGCCACAACCUGCAGCGGAGAACUCUACGUUUCAGGCGGCUCUCUUUUCUUCCGCCUCCUCAAGUACGACUCCAAGAGGGAUGAGUGGCAGGAGUGUCCCUACAACAACAGCAGGAAGAAGUCCUCUGACAUGGUGGCGCUGAAGAGCUUCAUCUACCGCUUUGAUGUGAACCGAGAGCAGGGGAUCACCGUGUUCAAGUACAACACCAUCGUGAAAAUGUGGCACGACUGCGCGUCGCAGAGGCUGGGAAGUUAUUUACCCUUCAGGUGCGCCGUUAUCGGGAACUGCAUCUACUGCGUGAACAAAAGCCAGACUCUUCAGUUCGUGGUGGAGGAGGAGAGCUCCUACUUUGUGGAGGAAACCCUGAAAGCACCUCUAGAGGCGAAGGGUGUCCUUUUCCCUUUUGUGCUCAGUUUGCCUGAAAAGCCAGAAAAAGUUACAUAAUGUGUGUGUGUGUGUGUCUGUGUGUGUGUGUGUUGGGGGCGUGUGAUUCAGAAUAACACCCUAAUUGUGAUUUAGUAAAACUGCAAUAAGUAGAAAACCUUAUAUACACGCUUCAGUGUCAGCUUUCUUUCUCUGUGUUUCAUCGCCUGCUUGCAGUGGAAUGUGUGUAUUUGCAUGGCUUUUUAAUGCAUCUACAAUUUGAAGCCUUAACUUUGUCCAUUUUAUUAUUUUAUUUUUUUAA